CUCACAAUUAUAUGUGCGUGAAUCGUUUGUAGCAGAGAGUUUUCAUAUUCAGCAAUUAAUAAUGCAUGUUCGAGAACAGAUGCGCGUGCAGGAUGAUGCGCUGGGACCACCUGUUUUCACACGUGCGUGUAUCCGCUAGAGGUUGUAAAUAAUUUGACUCCCGUGGAAUUUUAAAAUUACGUCUAGCCCAGGAAGUAAACUUUAUCGAACACGAACUUUGAUUUUCAUCUGGAGGAUAUCAUGUGUUACGUCAUAGUCACGUGCCGUUCUUUGGGAUGGACGCUUUUAAGUGUCACUGUAACCUUGGCAACUGUCGCCGCAGUUAUCUCCCCGCACUGGAUGAUCGGAACUCCUCGAGAAACUGCCAUUAAAUUGAUGAAUGCUUCGGAAGAUUUUAUGGACUCGGAAACUUUCAGACCAACAUUAGGAAUAUUUAAUAGAUGUACAAAACUUCAGUUAGACUUCCAAAUCGCCAAAGUCAGGGAUAAUUGUGCUACAUUCGUUGUGUCGUUUUCUGCAGCGGACGAUUUUUUCCCGCAUGCGUGGAAGGCCUGUGUGAUAUUGUUCGGUAUUGCCGGAACUCUUCUGCUCUUUUCCAUGUUGUGUUCUGUACUGAGUUUGUUUGUCCGAUCAAUUUGUGGAAAAAGUAUAUUUACAGUUGCAGGAUUUAUACAAAGUAUUGGAGGUCUAUUUUCCGUGAUUGCUCUGGUUAUAUACCCUACUGGCUGGGGCACCAAAAGGGUGCGGGAUCUUUGUGGAGAAUAUGCCGAACCUUACGUUAUAGAUAAUUGUACCAUAGGUUGGUCUUACUACCUCGGGAUAGCUGCCACGGUACUCGUGUUUGUAGCGGCAGUUUUGUCUGUUCCCGCGGACAGAUCCACAACCAGCAGAAAAGUGGAAGAGGAAAUGCUGGAGGGAAAAAAUCUCAUUUGUGUAUUGUGACAUCACUUCCUGGUCCCAUUACUCGGAACACCUCAGCUUGUUUCCGAAGAAACCUUUCCUUGUUGCAUUAAUCAACGUGUACGUCCCUAAGUCAUUAGGCAGUCUCCGUAAAUUUCCGACGGGCAGCCGAGCGUCUUGUUAAACGAGACUUGAACGAGACUAGUGAUUAAUUUUGUGCUGAUGAAAAAUGAUGGCAAAUGGGAUUAAUUGUGGCAUUAUUAUUUUUUUAAAAAUACAAAUUAAUUUCAGAUUUUCAAAUAUUUCUUUGGUAUAUUUGAAGUUUCAUUGUGAAGCUUUUGCAAUGGAAUAUUAUGCCAAAUGAAAUAACUCAAAGAUGUAAAUUUUAAUAGAACAUAUUAGUCCAUUGUUGGUCUGUACCUUGUCAGUCGUGAAGUGUACUCUAGUCUCCAAAGAUUAUAUGAUACAAAGUAAAUGAGAAACC